UUUUAUGAAGAUGUCCUGUUUUUUUUCUUUAAUUUUUUGGAAGCAGGAACCUGCGGUAACCGUCCACGCACACGAAUAGUCGGAGGGCGAGAGGCCAUAGUGAACUCCUGGCCAUGGCAAGCUAUGAUUACAACUUCCAGAGGAGGACAAUUUUGUGGGGGAUCAUUAGUUCAUCCAAACUGGGUCUUGACUGCUGCACAUUGUGUGAAAUCACGGAAACCAGAGACAACUCGUGUUAGGUGAUAACAUUUCGCAACUGUGACCAGUUGCCAUUUAGCCAUGGAGUCGUUUCAUCUGUCAUAACCGUUACAAACAGCCGUUUUAUCUGUCCUAAUUUUUGCAAAAUAUUGUUCGUGCUGCUGAAUACAUAAAAUCAUAAAACGCGGGAAGAAAGGCCGAUUAAAUUUAAAAAAAUACAUAUAUAUUUCUCAUCCCCGUCUUGGAGCUAUCUUCACUAUUAAAUUGUAGACCAGAAAAAUAUUCGCCCCACCCGUGAGAAAAGAUAAUGAUUCUUCUCUUUUGUGUUCGCUACUUAUAGGGGUAGGAAUCAAAGGAAAAGAUGAAAAGUAAAAAAAAAAAAAGAAAAACAAAAGAAUUAACUGAUUACGUGUCCUUAGACUAUGCAAAUAAUGUAUGUUCAAUUAGCGAAAUGUGAAAUAAUAGCUUUUCCUCCUUCCAGUUACAUCAAGAGAAUAUUCUCUUGGUUACAUUCAUAAACCAAUGGAUAACAAAAAGUUGAAUGGCUCAAUUACUUGAGUUUGUCGUUUGCAGAAUGGGGGCCCACUCAAAAUACAAAAAAGUUGGAACGGAACAAGACAUCGAUGUGGAAGAAAUCAUAGUCCACUCUAGCUAUAACAAGCCCACAAAGGAAAGCAACGAUAUCGCUCUAUUAAAACUCAAAAAGCCUGCGAAGCUUGGAAAAGGUGUAGGCCUCGUGUGUAUGCCAGACCCUGGACUUCCUUUGCCAGUCGAUGACGUAAACAGAAAGUGCUGGAUAACCGGCUGGGGGCGUUUGUCCGAUGGCGGACAAUCAGCAACAAACCUAAUGCAAGCCGACCUACCUCUCUACUCACAUGAUCGUUGUAAAGGGAUGCUUCAUGGCUUUGACGAAUCAAUGUUGUGUGCUGGUUUCGACGAAGGCGGAGUUGAUGCAUGCCAAGGAGACAGUGGUGGGCCGCUGGUCUGCGAAUACAACGGCAAGUGGUAUUUAGAGGGUGCCACAAGCUGGGGAUAUGGGUGUGCUCGUCCUGGUUAUCCUGGAGUAUAUGCUAAAGUACGUCAUUUGAUGUCAUGGGUACACGAUCAGACCCAGGGUGAAGUCAUGCGUAAGUCUAUC